UUGCUGGAAAUAUUAACUUGUGAUUGCUGUGUCUAGACUGCCCUUUGGAUGGAUUUUUCUUCUUGUUGAGAUUGUUGACUAUCUCAUUGCGCUCAUAGCAUCUUCUUUAUGCUAUGAGCUUUUGUCCGGCAUCCCUGAUUGAUCAUGGAUCACUAGCUUCUAAAGAUUUCAUUUGGGGCUGUUGACGUAAAGAAAGCCCUGUAUCUGUUUACAUCUGAAAGAAGAAUUUGAUUCAUAUGGCUUGGAAUUCAAAGCUGCUGCUAUAUGUUGGUGUCUUGUUUCUACUGUCCUUCAUUCUCUUAUUUGGUAAUUCAAAAGCCGAAGUUGAACACGAAGUUAUACAAAAGAUUAGAUCUGCUCCACAUAAGAAUGUAGUAAGCAAGGUUAUUGAUGGUACUGGUCUAGAGAAUUCCCUCGCUCUUGAUGAAACCAAUAAUGUGCUGAGUGAUAGGAAAGGUGGAAGCAGUAAAGUUUCUGUUUCAACAGUUGCAUUAUUCACAUUGGCAAUGGCGGCUGCAACUGGUCUUGGGGCUGUACCCUUCUUCUUUGUGGAGCUUGAUCCACAGUGGGCUGGAUUAUGCAAUGGAAUGGCGGCAGGUGUCAUGUUGGCUGCAAGUUUUGAUCUUGUACAGGAAGGGCAGGAUCAUGGAGCUGGAAACUGGGUUGUGAUUGGGAUCCUAGCUGGUGGCAUUUUUAUUUGGCUAUGCAAGAAGUAUCUUGAGCAAUAUGGGGAAGUGAGCAUGUUGGAUAUAAAGGGUGCUGAUGCAGCCAAAGUGGUUCUAGUUAUUGGAAUAAUGACACUUCAUUCUUUCGGAGAGGGUUCUGGGGUGGGCGUCUCCUUUGCUGGCUCAAAAGGUUUCUCUCAAGGUCUGUUGGUUACAUUGGCUAUUGCUGUACACAACAUACCAGAGGGAUUAGCUGUGAGCAUGGUGCUAGCAUCAAGGGGCGUCUCCCCACAGAAUGCUAUGUUAUGGAGUGUGAUAACAUCUUUACCUCAGCCAAUUGUAGCAGUUCCUUCAUUUAUGUGUGCUGAUGCAUUUAGUAAGUUCCUUCCUUUCUGCACGGGAUUUGCAGCUGGGUGUAUGAUCUGGAUGGUUGUUGCAGAAGUUCUCCCUGAUGCAUUCAAGGAAGCCCCUCCUUCCCAGGUUGCAUCAGCAGCAACCCUUUCUGUAGCAUUUAUGGAAGCUCUCAGUACCUUCUUUCAAAAUUUCAGCCACGACUACAACUCUGAGGAUGCUUCUGGCUUCUUUGUUUCAUUACUUUUUGGCCUUGGCCCCUUACUCGGAGGCAUCAUUCUGGUUGCAUUUGCUCUUGCCUUUCAUCUUCAGCAUGCUCUUCUGAUGGGCACCGCUUGUGGGAUUGCUUUUGUUCUUGGUGCUUGGCGACCAGUACAGCUUCUUUUGUCUUCAAAGUUGGGAUUUUUUCCUGUUUUAUUCCUCCUUGCAGCAGGGGCUGCUUUCGUCCAUGUUUCUAGCUCCAGCGUGUUGAAGGUUGCAGAUCGCAAAAAGACCUCAGCUAGUGACUUGCCUGCACUUACUGGGUUCCCAAUGAGCGUUCACACCCUUCAAUCAUUCAUUUCAUGUGGAACAGUUGCUUUUCAUGCUCUAGCUGAAGGACUCGCAUUGGGAGUGGCAGCACCAAAAGCAUAUGGACUUGGCCGUCACAUGGUGCUUCCAGUCUCUCUACAUGGACUUCCUCGAGGAGCAGCCGUGGCCAGCUGCAUCUUUGGUGCUACUGAUAGUUGGCAUGCUUCCCUUGCAGCAGCCGCCAUAAUUGGAUUUAUGGGCCCAACAUCAGCAAUCGGGGCUAUUCUUGCCGGUAUAGAUUAUAGCGGUCUUGACCAUGUUAUGGUCUUUGCUUGUGGCGGAUUAAUCCCAGGUUUUGGAAAUAUGGUUAAGAGAGCACUGAGUUUGGAAAAAAGUAAAAGUACCUGCGGCCUUAUUAUGGGUAUGGGUUUUGCUAUUUUAUGUCUGACAUUCACUAGGUUGGUUUGCUUGCAUACACCUUACUGCAAUUCUGCACCAGAAGCUGUCAGAUAGGAUGAUUGUGGUGCAUCAUCUAUUGUUAAUGUUCUUAUACAACAGGCGUAUAGAACUCUUCGAAUUGAUCACCCAAGUUCUCAGCCAUUAAGUGUGAAGAGAUUUGUAGUUGUGUCUAGUUUUAUUGACCAACGGAGACUGCAGAGAUUGGAAUCUGCCAUUUAUACUGGAGCUGUCCUUUUUGGGGGCUCUAAAGAAGCUAACGGGUAACACUUUUUGGUGUUGAGGCAGGUUUGUUAGGGGUGCUCAAGUUUCCAUACAGAACCUGACGUUUGUCGUAUUUAGCUUUUACGAUGUAUAUAUAGUUUUGAGAUUUUAUUGAUCUGAACCCUAAUUUCCUACAAUAUGAUGAACAAAGUAAAACUCGGGAAGUCAGCAGAUUCUGAUUCUUUUUCCCCUCGUUAGACUGGAUGGUGUUAUACCCGGAUAACUAGGGUUUUGAGUGGAUUAAAUCAAUAUAUUGUUUGUAUACAGCUA